CGGCAGCCAUAGCGACGACGCUACCCGCAGUGACGGGAACAGGCGGGAGGGGCGCCGGACAAAAGGGGCGCCGGGCGAGCCCGCAGCCAGCGGCCCCGAGCGAAUUGCCAAAAUGCUUUGGAAUUCUUAAAUGAUUCUAAAACUGAAGUUGCUGAAGAUACAAAACUCAUAAGAACACAAGAAGCAGCAAGGAGGAUUCAGUGCCAAUGCAGCAACAAAGAAGACAGCCAGAGUUAGUGGAAGGAAAUCUUCCUGUUUUUGUUUUUCCUACAGAACUUAUAUUUUAUGCAGAUGACCAGUCGACACACAAGCAGGUGUUGACUCUAUAUAACCCCUAUGAGUUUGCCUUAAAAUUCAAAGUUCUUUGUACAACUCCAAAUAAAUAUGCGGUGGUUGAUGCGACUGGUGCAGUGAAGCCUCAGUGCUGUGUUGAUAUUGUGAUUCGUCACAGAGAUGUUCGUGCUGCUCACUAUGGUGUGAUAGAUAAAUUCCGUCUGCAAGUGUCUGAGCAAAGCCAGAGGAAAGCACUGGGGAGAAAGGAGAUUAUUGCUACUCUACUUCCAUCUGCAAAGGAACCACCACAACAAAAGGAAGAGGAAGAAAAACGAAUAAAAGAACACCUGUCUGAAAGUGUCUUUUUUGAGCAGACUUUGUGUCAACCAGGUAAAAACAGACCUGCCUCAUCGGGACCGAGUUUACUAACAGUCUUCCUGGGAAUAGUGUGUAUUGCAGCACUAAUGCUACCUACAUUGGGGGAAAUGGAAUCCCUGGUGCCUCUCUACCUCCAUUUAAGUGUGAAUCAAAAGUUAGUUGCUGCUUAUGUUUUAGGUCUCAUCACCAUGGUUAUUUUGAGAACAUGAGCAAUGACUUAACAGGACAUCAAACACCUUACUGUAUAUUCACAUCAUGAAUGUGGACUGCCUUUUACUCCCAUUGGGCUCAUCAAGAUGCUAGCAGCUCUGUUCAGUGAUCUAAGAUACCUUCAGAAGUGUAAUAUAUUUUAACUAUGUAUAAUAAAUGAAAGACUCAAAGCACUUUUAGGUGCUUCUGUAACAGACAGCUAUGAAAUGUUCAGUGAUACCUGUGAAAAUAAUUUGAAACACUUUUAUAUUUACGCCUACUGUAAGAAAAUCCUUAUUAAAGCAACAUUUGUUAUUUUUAGUCUAUGUUCACAUCAGUGCGUGAUCACUAUAAAAGCAAACUGUCAUGUAAAGCGUUCCUUUGGUUUGUGGCUGUACAUGCUGAGGCUGAUGCCUAACACUUCUGUAUAUGUACCAGAAGGAUGGCAGUCGUGGCUAAUCAUUGAAGCAAAUGGAAAAUUUCAUCAGUGAAACUAUGAAAUAAACCAUUAAAUUUAGGUGAAGAAGUAAUUCUCAAAUUCCUUACUUCAUUGUUACUGAUGUAUCACCGAGUGCUCAUUUUCUUACCUGGGGAAGUAAUUUCUGCAACAGACAUUUUGUAUUGACUGUAGACAAUAAAGACCAGUUCUGU